UGCAAUCAGUCCGUUUCAGUCCGUUUUGUUGUCGUCAGUUCAGUCACGUUUACAUUAAGUUGUUUUUAACCGGAUUUUUAGUGAAACUCCUUUAGUUCCGCAUCGUUUACCGUAGCCCAAGGCCGAAGUGCGCGAAAAAUGCUGCGAAUUUCGUGAGUCGUCCUGGCGAAAUGUCGCGGUGAGUAGGGCCAACGAGAGGCACCGUGUAACCACGCUCGGGAUUGAGAUAGUAACAUCUGUCUAUUAAAUGGUGAUUACCGGUGCCAUGGAGAGGAGGAUAAAACUGAAGACUCUCAACAGUCACAUAACUUGCAAGAUAUGUCGCGGGUAUUUGAUAGACGCUACCACCGUCACCGAAUGUCUGCACACAUUCUGCAAGAGUUGUCUGGUGAAACAUCUAGAGGAGAAGCACACCUGUCCGACAUGCCAAAUCGUCAUACAUCAGUCACAUCCACUCCAGUACAUCAGCUUUGAUAGAACUAUGCAGGAUAUUGUCUACAAGUUGGUUCCUGAUCUCCAAGAAAACGAAACCAAAAGAGAACGAGAAUUUUAUAGAGCCAGAGGUUUGGCUUGUCCCAAGGAUAUUUUACCUAACACUGGUGAAAUCGAGGAAGAAAAGACCAAUACGGACACUCAUGCUGAAUCGGAUUAUCAUCGGGCUGAUGAACAGGUCAAUGUAUGCUUGGAGUGUAUGAAUGCUAGUUUGAAGACGCUGAAGAGAAGAUUUAUCAGGUGUUCAGCUCAGGCUACGAUAACACAUGUAAAAAAAUUUAUUGCCAAAAAGGUUCUGAAUGGCAUGGAAAAAUAUAGAGAUAUCGAUAUUUUGUGCAAUAACGAGUUACUAGGUAAGGACCACACGUUGAAGUUCGUUUAUGUGACGAGAUGGAGGUUCCGGGACCCACCUUUGAGACUACAGUAUAGGUCACACAUAGACAUGCAAGAUUAAUCUUUCCAUGUUCGAGACGUAAGAAGAAAUCACGGAGGACCUGUCUCUACACUUUGUACAUUUUCCUAGUUCUAUUUCCUACCUUUAUCUGUAGUACUUACUUCUAUUCGUUUUACUGGACACUCGUGUUGCAGUUUAAAGAAAGCACUUUUCAGUUCUGCUGGACUCCCGAUGCCGAUCUCAAAAACUGCGCUCUCUUAUUAUUAUCGAUUUUCCCGAUAAUUAUAAAUACGACCGCGUCCGAUAUUUAUACUAUUUAUAUUCGUAUCGUAAUGCGUCAUUGUGCUACUAUUUAUAGUUUAUAGUUACAUAAUGACGCGUUUAUACGUCGGAAUAAUUCGUUUCUUUACGUAAAGUCAGAGGUUAACAGAGACCGCUUUAUCGUGUUCGAAUAUUCUACCUUCUUUGUAGCUUAAAGUCUCGACUUACACGAGUGUAAUUUGUAAGUGUGAAACUGGAGCGAGGAAAUAUCGCACCAGCAACCUCUUAAGCCAGCGGCAUAUGAUGCUUGUUUUCAUGCUGAAUUGCUUGCUGAUUGGUGCAUUUCUGAAGAUGGAUGGAAAUACACCAAUCAAAACAAUAUUUCCAUCCAGCAAGCAAUCCAGCACGAAAACAAGCACCGUGUGCCGCUGGCUUUAGACCCGGUUGCACCAGCCGAGUGUUGAGUUAACUAACAGUUAACCAACGUCUUUGGUUUUUCUUCGACAUAAAUAUAAACGACAGACAGACGUUUGAACUAUUAGUUGGCUCACCAAUUCGGUUAGCGCAACUAUGUCUCAAAACGCAGAAACUUGACGAGUGAUUGAGCGAGACUUUUUGCACUGCGUCGUGCGAAACGAAGUUCUCGUUUUACGGAAAAGAAGGUAUAUCUUGUUUUACAUAUGAUACAUACCCUGCGUCUGUACAUAGAAUAUUUUUGACAGAACUCGGACGACGUUGCGCGUAGACGCAAAGCUUGGUAUUAGGUGAGAGAAGAAACCGGGCCCGGACGUUCGUCUCCGGGCUCCUUUUUAACUUUGUAUGUUUAUGCGUCGUACAUAUUCUAAUCGAGCCGCAGGUUUCUCCCGACGCCGACUCGCGCCCGAGAGAAAGAAGAUUAUUACUUAGCAGCGACGUUAUAUUUUCAAGAGAUUCGCCAUCGGCGACGCCGUGUCGGGCGAGACAGGCGGCUCUUGUCGCUUGUAGUAAAGUGAUCUUGUUUCGUCUAACGAUGUUGAGCGAAGAAUUUAAGAGAGAAAGAAAAACGAAAAUAUGGUGUGAUUGUAUAUAAACAUUAGAGAAUAUCGAACUCACUUUGCGAAGUAGCGGCAUUUCGAGGAUACUAGAGCUUGUACGUUGUACACUGUAUAUGUGUAUCUCCAUAAAUUAUUAAAUAAAUAUGUUUUGUACAGUAA